CAAAUCAUUAUCGAAUCAUUCACGGCUACAACUUAACAGUGCCACGUUACGCCUCAGUGUAUAAAAUCCUCACUCCCUCUCUCUGUUUUGGCAUCAAAGGGAAUGUCUUCGCACGAUGGUUCUGGAGUAGAAGAAAUACAGCAAGCGUCCCAUCCUGCGUUACCCUCUUCGGUUUACCCAGGACACUUUCACUUAUCAGUCUUCCCCAAUAUUUUGAACACGUGCAGUAUGCUGGCCACAGUUUUUCUGCAAGGCAGUUAAUGGAAUAGAAAUAUGAGAAGGAAAUCAAAGGCGAAACGAGUCCUUGACUACGAAAGUGAAGAAGAUGAAGACGGGGCUCAAAAAGUAGAUCAUGGGGCGCAGAAAAGAAGAAAACAGAUGUAUCUUGAUAAAGAGACAGUCGAAGAAAAUUCUUUAUCCUCAGUCGGCUUCCAGAAGUGGAUACGGGCUUUUGAGCUGGGCAGUCCUAACUUGUAUCACAUGAGGGACAGCAAUUCCAAUACAGAGGAGUCUGAGUUUCUGCAGUCAUACUCAAAGAUGAAACUAAUUCCUAUGGUGAUUUGCAUGCAAAGAGAGAUGGAAAGCUUGAAAGACCAAAUUCAGUGUCUUACAGCUUGUGGAGAGCUGUCCAGAAACCUCAAAGCCCUGAUAGAAAAGACCCAGAGGUGGUCGAAUGAGGACAGCAAGACAUCUGUCCAAGCAUCACGUCCUAGCCUAACUGUAGGACUUGUCAGUGGAGAUGCCAUGACCCCAGAUUUACUGGCCUGCCCAACUGGGAUGAAUGGGCAGUGGGAGAAACAGGGGGCCUUACCCCAGAAACUACACAGGCACCAUAGGGAUGGACUCUUCACCAAGUUCAUUACCCCAGAGUUGUUGGAACGGUGCAACACUGGCACUACAGCUCAGAAACUGACCAAUGACCUGUUGCGAGGGCUGUAUGAGAGGGACUGCCUAGCAUCCCACUCCAUCUCAGGGCUGGUGUACCACAAGAGGUCUCAGACCAAACCUGCACUCCCUACUGAGGAGGUCCAGGCCAUACUGAGGACAGUUCAGUAUUUUUUUCCUGGAAAGACAGAUGUGGAAAUUAAAGGAUACAUCCGGCAGAAACUGCAGAACGAGGCGAAGAGGCUGAUGAAGAAGCCUCCACUGUUGGGUAAUAUGGAUUCCAGCUUUGACCUCCCCUGCCCCAGAACGUAGUGUUUAACAUGGAUUUUGUUGAGGAUCAAAGGUGCAAUAUCUGAUUAUGGAUAAUUGACAAAUGUAUGGAGGUAAUAUUUAACUUUUUUUUUUUUUUUUACUUCAAUGAACCAUGUUUGACUGCUGACGUUUGUGAGAGGUUGAGAUUUGAAUAGAUGAUCAUGCAGAACGCAAGUUUAUCCUCAGUUCAGUCAAACAUGAAUUCAAACUUUGCAUUCACCCUGGCCUCUGGUUGCUGUAGAUCUAGAUAAAGCAUAAUACUGUAGCAUAUGUGAACUUUAUGUCCCGAUUAUAAAUAAAUGCCAAUUGUUUUUGAAUUUUGUAUUUUUAAGAUAGUCAUUUGCAAAACAUUGGCCCUUGCAAAAUCAAUGCUGAACGAGUGUUAGCACAUUCUCAAUGCCUUUGAAAAUUAACUGUAUGAUGAGCCCCAUGAUGAGUUAGUGUUGUUUUUUUGCAAUGACAACCUGAUAGUUGAUUGGAUUGAACAAAAUAUAUCUGGAAAUUUGAAGUUUUUCCAUUAUCCUGCAUUAUCAAUAAAAUAU